UGUGAAGUAGCCCAAACAAAGUAGUGUAGUGUAACGUGUAAAUUAACCGCAAACGUUCAAUAGUCGUAAGCCGGUCUAUUCUCAAGUAGAACUUAGCUUUUGUUUGUAGACGCUGUUAAUAUGGCUAAAGAAGGAAGGUCAUACAGAAGAAGAAGUAGGUCAAAAUCUCGAGAUCGAAAGAAGAAGCGUUCGAGAUCCAAAGAGAGGAAAGAGCGAAGGUCAAGAUCAAGGGACAGAAAGCGUUCGAGAUCUAAUGAAAUAAAAAGGUCCAGGGAUCGUAAACGAUCAAGAUCUAGAGACAGAAAACGAUCACGUUCAAAAGACCGGAGAAGAAGGGAUGACAAACGCAGAAAGAGAUCCCGUUCCAGAUCGAGGGACAAGUCAAGGAGCAAGUCUCCUAAGUAUGGCGAGGGAGCCAUCAGGGUCAAGGAUGAGCCCAUAAACAAAGAAGAGGAACAGAAGCAGCUUGAGAUGGAAAUGCAGAAGCGAAGAGAGCGCAUUGAGCAAUGGCGCCAGGAAAGGAAGAAAAACAUAGAGCUGAUCCCAAUCAAUAUUGCACCACCAAGCAAGAAAUGGAGUCUUGAAGAUGAGGAAUCUGAUGAAGAGGUGGUUGCCACUGGAGAUGAUGCCAAGGAUGACGAUGAUGAUGUUGAUCCACUUGAUGCUUACAUGCAGAGUGUUAAUGAAGAAAUAAAGAAACCAGAAAUAACCACCAGUGAAGAUGCCAACACAAGCACCAUUGGGGCUACUAAGGGCAAGGUCACCAUGAUCACGGCAGUUGCUAAGAAGAAGGUGGACCCCACUGUGGAGAAAGGAGAGUUGAUGUUGAAUAACACUGAUCUCAUGGAGUAUUCAUCAGAGGAGGAAGAGGAAGGCUUGGACUCAGCCAUGGCAAACAUGAACAAGAAGAAAAAGGAACUCGUGUCCACAGACCACAGCAAGGUGUACUAUGCUCCAUUCAGGAAAAACUUCUAUGUGGAAAUUCCGGAGCUGGCCAGACUUACACCAGAAGAGACUGAACAGAUGAGGGAAGAUUUGGAAGGAAUAAAGGUGCGAGGGAAAAACUGCCCAAAACCGGUUCGAGAGUGGGCGGAAGUUGGUGUCAGUAAAAAAGUGCUUGAAUGUUUGAAAAAAAACAAUUUUGAUAAGCCAACACCAAUUCAAGCUCAGGCCAUCCCAGCCAUCAUGUCAGGCCGAGACCUGAUAGGUAUUGCCAAGACUGGCAGUGGUAAAACCCUGGCCUUCCUGCUGCCAAUGUUCAGGCACAUCCUUGAUCAGCCAGAGCUGGACGAAGAAGACGGGCCUAUAGGAGUUAUCCUGACUCCAACUCGCGAGCUUGCAAUGCAGAUCACAUCUGAUGCCAAGAAGUUCACGAAGACGCUUGGUCUUAGUGCCGUCUGCGUGUAUGGUGGCACUGGGAUAUCAGAGCAGAUUGCCGAACUGAAACGAGGCUGUGAGAUUAUCGUCUGCACACCCGGGCGCAUGAUUGACAUGCUUGCAGCAAAUAACGGGCGGGUGACCAACCUGCGAAGAUGUACGUAUGUGGUGUUGGAUGAGGCAGACAGAAUGUUUGACAUGGGCUUUGAACCUCAGGUCAACAGAAUCAUUGAUAAUAUUAGACCAGACAGACAGACGGUCAUGUUUUCUGCCACAUUCCCUCGACAAAUGGAAGCUCUUGCGAGGAAGAUUCUGACGAAGCCAAUCGAAAUUCAGGUCGGAGGUCGCAGUGUCGUCUGCAAAGAUGUGGAACAGCAUGUGGUUGUUUUAGAGGAGGAGCAGAAGUUCUUCAAGCUUCUAGAACUGUUGGGACAGUACCAAGAGCAGGGUGGAGUGAUAGUGUUUGUGGAUAAACAGGAGAAUGCAGAUGACCUCAUGAAGGACCUCAUGAAGCAUGCCUACCCAUGCAUGUCCCUGCACGGGGGCAUUGAUCAGUAUGACCGGGGCAGCAUCAUCCAGGAUUUCAAGAACGGGGACGUCAGGCUGCUGGUGGCAACAUCUAUUGCGGCCAGAGGUCUUGAUGUGAAGCACUUGAUGCUGGUAGUCAACUAUGACUGUCCAAACCAUUAUGAGGACUACGUACACAGAUGUGGUCGUACAGGACGGGCUGGUAACAAGGGCACAGCAUUCACAUUUAUCACCCCAGAGCAGGUGCGUUAUGCAGGGGACAUAAUCAAGGCCCUAGAAACGGCUGAGUCAUCUGUCCCUGAAAACCUUCAGAAGUGGUGGGAUGAGUACAAGAAACAGGCUGAGGUGGAUGGCAUAAAAAUCAAGAGCAGCAGUGGUUUCCAUGGUAAAGGGUUCAAGUUUGACGAGUCAGAGGCGAUGUUGUCAUCAGAGAGGAAGAAGCUUCAGAAGGCAGCGCUGGGCCUGGUUGACUCAGAUGAAGAGGAUCCAAAUGAGGAUAUUGAGCAGCAAAUUGAGGACAUGUUUGCCAGCAAGAAGCGAGUGACGGACGUGUCCAAAUCUUCACUUGCACAGCCUAUCAUGGGCAACCUGAUGGCAGGCAGUGCUGUGGGCAAGAUGGGCGCCAACAACCAGUUGAAACUGGAGAUGGCCAAGCGUCUGGCUGCAAAGAUCAACUUCAGCAAGAACCUUGGUCAGGAGGCCCAGGAUAUCACCCAGCAAGCCACCAAGGCUAUCUUUGGGGACGGGUCAUCAGCUGCACCACAAGUGGCGUCGAAGACAAUAGCUGAGCAGAUGGCAGAAAAGAUCAAUGCAAAGUUAGGCUACACUCCAGUAAUUGAGGAGGACAAGGAUCAGGAGCAGGACACUUUCAAACGCUACGAGGAAGAACUUGAGAUCAAUGAUUUCCCACAGACCGCCAGGUGGAAGGUCACUUCAAGGGAGGCCCUUGCCCAGAUCUGUGAGUACUCGGAGGCGGGUAUCACGGUGCGGGGCACGUACUUCCCGCCAGGCAAGGCACCCAAGGAGGAGGAGGAACGCAAGCUGUACCUCGCCAUCGAGGCCACCAGCGAAAUGGCCGUGCAGAAGGCCAAGAAGGAGGUCACGCGGCUCAUCAAAGAAGAGCUCAUACGUCUGCAAAACUCAUACCAGCCAAUCAACCGUGCCCGUUACAAGGUCGUCUGAUGGGGGAGGUUGAAGAGUAUCACAAGGGAAGACAACCUUGCAUGUGUAUAUACAUGUAUCUGCAUUGGAGAUGACGAUGUUUUAAUGAAAUUGAAUGUAUUGUUUUGGAAAGAUGUUUUUAAAACUAAAGUGAUUCUUGUGUCCACUAUGCUAAUAGAUUCUUGCAGAAUUCCAUUAAACACGUGUACACCACUGUAUGAAAGGGAAAUAAGUCAUUGAGCUGUACUCUGGAAAAGAAUGGCUUAAUAAAUUUGCUUUAAGUGUUGUCCAAAAUUAACCUUUGCAGUCUGCACAGGCUAAUCAGGUAUAACAGGUUCUUUCUAGACUUGAAUUUUGUAUUGAAGAGACUUAAUUUUAACAAAAAUUUGUUAAAAGAAGAAAAUCUGUACAGGCUAAUCUUGGACAAUACGCACACGCAUUUAGCUAGGUUUACCCAGAAUACCACUCAAUUUUAUAGACUAGUGUUUUAGUGAUAAAUACAUUAUUGUUAACUGAACCAUUCUGCUUAAAAAUGUGAACGAUUUUAUCAUAAACCAUGAGCUUUUUUGUAAGAAAUUUAUUGGGUUAAAUGAUGUCUUGUUAACACAUGUUGUUGAAUAUUUGCUGUAAUUACAUGACCUUCAAAAUAAACAGCUUUGCGUUUGUUUAGAAUAUGGCCUAUCACUUCCAAUUAACUUGGAGUCAUGUUCGCUGGGAUGACAGUGGCUGGCGUUGGUACUCAACCUUAAAAACGACAAAUAAAGUUUGUGUAGACACAACAUAAUUAUGACGUUAUAUUUAUGAUAUAUUCACAUCAUUACCAAUUUGCACAGAUUGUAAAUUAAAAGUGCAUGUAUAACAACAGAAAAAAAACAGAUAGCCUAAGAAGAAACGAUUCCCAAAAGAUCCAUAAAAUAUGUUAAGAUAUUCACUGCCGGCAAAUAGACCUUUGACAAUAUGAUUUUCUAGCACUGAUUUCAGAUCAUAUCUAAUCAAUCUAUUCUAAUCACAAAAUCUUGUUGGUCCAGAGAGACUGUGUCUUAUUCUGGUCAGAUUCAGAAAUCUUUGUUCUUAUAACCAUUAGGCCAUACAAAUUUGAUUCUAUGUUUAAGGUCCGCUCAAUUUGUUCAAUCUUCCAACCAGGCAGGAAAAUAAACAACUCGAUGACAAAGAAUCUUUUACAACUUAUCAUUACAGUGGUGUAGUCUAAAUCUAAGAUGAUAAAUAUUCAUAAUCGUCAUAUUAUAAGUAAAUUUACAAAUGUAUGUUUUAACUAUAAUGUGGCUUGUAGCGCUUUUUGUUUAAAAACCAACAAUACCAUAGCAGCAAUAUCCAAGAUCAAACUAUUGCCAUCAUAUCUUAGUAACGUUGCAUGUUUACAAACCACAUUAUCCCAGACUAUUUCAGAUGUAAAACAAACUGAUUAGUGACUUAAACCUAAAAAAACACCCAAAAUAAUUAUAUUUAAGACAUAAUAACAAAGUCAUAUUUAUAAGAGGAAUUAAGUUUUUGGCAUUUAAACAAUAAUAGCAUUCUCAUUCAUAUUUUUUGAGUGUUCAAAAACCAGUUGUAUUCAAUUGUGAAGGCAGUUUAAUACUGAAGUAGAUUGAAAAACACACUGCCUGGCACCAUUUUCAAUUCGUUUUUGGAUCUACGUAAAUCUCCCGAGUAUAAAAACAAUAAAGAAUACAUUUCUUUUUGUAACACAUGGGCAUUUGUGAUUAGUUUUUGACAUUAUUAACACAUUAUUGUAAUAACUUGCUUUUCCAAAUCGUCAAAAUGUUGAUUUUAUGGGGAAAGGCACCCAAAAACCCACCCGCCCACGAACACUAAUCAAAGAAUCAAAUUGUAAUGGCCUUUUUAAGACUUAUUAACUGUAUAUGUUUGUUAAAGAAGACGUGUUUUAUUUUUGAAAAGAUCUACAUUAUUGUUUACACAGCAGAGUUGAUUCCAUGUUUAUCUUAUGUUAUUUUGAAGCAUCUUAAACUGGUAAUGAAACGUUAUUUUCAUGUGAUUUUUGUUAAUUAUAAUGUGAACAAAAAACACUUAAACAUGUCAUCAUUCUCUUUUCAUACUGGACUUCAUUUGUAAAUAACAUUCUAAUGAAUUCUAAAUAAAUAUUGAACUUA